CCAGGCGCCCGGGGUGGAGCGGCGGGGGGGGGACGAGCCCACUGUCUCCGAGCGGAGGCUCCUUGCAGUAUUAAAAUAAUAACGCGAGAGUUGCAAGUUGCUUCCCUCUUCCCCGACCGUAAAACUGUCAAAGGUAGCCGGGAAGGGGGGCGCGGGGGAUCGCGCAUGAGCCAGCGCCGCCUCGCCCGCUCCAAGCACGCGUGUGUGUGUGUGUGUGUGCGUGUGUGCGGGGCCCUGGAGAGCUCGCCACAAGCACCGAGAGAUGGCGGAUUCGUAUUCCUUCAGAGGUGGAAGGAGAGCUGCAGGGUCCAGCAAAACCAGUGCAAGCAAAGAAGGCAGCAGGACAGAGAUGAGGGUAAAUCCGACCCCUGAGCCCCCCAAGCUGGGAAAUGCAACCAGCGACAAAACAGAAGGCAAGAAGAAAGGGAGACCUAAGGCAGAAAACCAGGUGCUGAAAGACAUUCCUCUGCCCCUGAUGAACCAGUGGAAAGAUGAGUUCAAGGCCCAUUCCAGGGUGAAGUGCCCCAAUUCAGGCUGCUGGCUGGAGUUCCCCAGUAUUUACGGCCUGAAGUACCAUUAUCAGCGCUGCCAAGGGGGGGCAAUCUCGGAGAAGCUGACUUACCCUUGCUCUUACUGCGAAGCUGCCUUCACAUCCAAAACCCAGCUGGAAAAGCACAGGCUCUGGAACCACUUGGAUAGGCCAGGACCAGCUAGCAAAGCAGAAAACAAAGUGCCGAAAGCCGUGGGCAAGGCCAGUGGCAAGAAAAGAGCUGCUGAGAGUUCAGAUUCCCCCACCAUCCAUCCCAAACAGGCAAAGGUGGAGAAGACUGUGGUCCAGGAGCUCCCCGAGAAUGGAGAGUGCCUCGUGGAGAGCAGGAAGAACAAAGCAUUUCAGAUCACCGCAGUGGAGGCAGGAGCAGCAGCUACCCCGACGGCCAAGUCUUCGAGCUGCAAGGAUCCCAAACAGCAAGGGGGCACGCAGGCUUCCCUCCAGGAGGAGGACCCAGAGAGGAUGAAGCACAGAAGGAAACAGAAAACUCCUAAGAAAUUUACCGGGGAGCAACCGUCCAUCUCAGGGACGUUUGGAUUGAAAGGCCUGGCAAAAGCAGAGGACAAGGCAAAGGCCCAUCGAGCCAAGAAACUGGAGGGGACCAGCAGCACGGAUGAGCUGAAAAAGAAGCCACCAGGAGCCAGUGUGAAAAGGGAGGCCGUCGCGCAUUUAUCGUCAGCAAACCCAGAGGAUCAAUGGCAGCGGGAGAUCAAUGAGAAAGGAGAAGUUGCCUGUCCUACGUGUGGCGUUAUAACCAGGAAAACCAUUGCUGGGCUCAAAAAGCACAUGGAAGUCUGUCAGAAACUGCAGGAUGCCUUGAAAUGUCAACACUGCAAAAAGCAGUUUAAGUCCAAAGCUGGGCUCAACUAUCACACCAUGGCUGAGCAUGUCAACAAGCCUGGUCCCUUGGAAACCGCUGGAGUUGGUGAACAGGAAGAGCGGGAAAGGCUGAGGAAAGUGCUAAAGCAGAUGGGGAAACUGAAAUGCCCCAACGAGGGCUGCACAGCCAACUUCUCCAGUCUGAUGGGAUACCAGUACCACCAGAAAUGGUGUGGGAAGCAUCCCUCUGAAGUGGAGAAGCCCAUAUUCACCUGCCCACAUUGCAGGAAGAAGUAUAAAUCCAAGGCGGGACAUGACUACCACGUGCGGUCGGAGCACACUUCUUUGCCUCCCGAAGAGCCAGAGGUGAAGCCAGAGGCCACCCCAGUAGAAGAUUUUGAAAGGACUCCUAGUGGUAGAAUCCGGCGCACAUCAGCCCAAGUAGCGGUCUUCCACCUGCAGGAGAUAGCUGAGGAUGAACUGGCCAAGGACUGGACCAAACGAAGGAUGAAGGACGACCUGGUACCUGAAACUAAGCGACUAAAUUACACCCGGCCGGGGCUUCCGAGGUUAAAUCCGAGGCUGUUGGAAACCUGGAAAAAUGAAGUGAAGGAGAAAGGACACAUCAACUGCCCCAAUAACAGCUGUGAAGCCAUCUACUCCAGCGUUUCUGGCCUGAAAGCCCACCUGACUAACUGCAACAAGGGAGACCACUCUGUUGGGAAGUACCGGUGCCUUCUCUGCCAGAAGGAGUUUAGCUCAGAAAGUGGAGUCAAGUACCAUAUCAUCAAGACUCACUCAGAGAACUGGUUCCGAACCUCUUCAGAGGCUGCCCGGAAAAAAAAGAACAGGGACCAGAUUUCCUCCAGCCAGGAGGAGAAAACGAAAAGCACAAGUGGGAAGAAAAGGGGGAGAAAACCCAAGGAAAGGCCCCCGGAAACGUCUCUGAAAGGCAAAGAGAGCACGGCAGCAAAGACUAAUCUUAAGAAAGCCACAGAGAACUGGGAAGGGUCCAACUGCAGCCCCGAAGGGAGAGAGAGAGGCACCAAGCUGCCCGCCAACAGGAAAGGGGGAGCCAGUAAGAUGCCUGAGAAAUAAGAGGUUCAGAGACUCUCUGAGGAUUAGUUUACAGCCCAGGGUAACGGGGUGAGGCCCCCCCAGUUUUCUCUCCCCCACCCCCUGCUCAUCCGUUUUGUUUUAAAAACAAAAAAAACAAAAACCACUUUAAGCAAAAUCAUGGACCGUGUUUCACACUGGAAAAAAGGAAAAGACUGCAGUUGUCCAUCCAUCACCCGCGUGCACACGCCCAUACCCCUGGACUCCCCUACACACACACACACACACACACGUGCGCACUUGUGCGUUCACUCGGGCUGCACAGCUCUUCCGCUGACAUGUCACAUAAUGCAGCCAAACCUCUGCGAAGCAGGAACCCCUCCCCACCCCCGCUGACCGUUUCCUUCAGAUUCUGUGCGCUGAACCGGUGAUGCUUGAGCAAGAGGAAAGUGCAAUAGAGGCAGGGUGUAAGGGCUUUUUAUUUGGGAUUGCUUGUCGGAUUGCAAUGCCAGCAUAGGAACCGGAUUGGUUUCUUUUUGGGUGGGGCCGGGGAGGGAAGAAAAUGAUCUUUUAGACGCUGUCCGUACAACGCCCACAAACGGUGCUUCAGCCUGUGGCUUGUUAGUUGUGAUGAACUAGGGGUGGGGCUGAAGAGGUGUCUCCAGUGAAUAGGCUUUGGCUACCUGUUGCAGUAGCUGGUGAGGCUUAGAAAAUGGCAAUCCCGAAGCCAGAUGCAGAACAUGGUUAUAGCCAGGAUCCAAAGCAUCGCGCCCUUAGGAAAGAUUUGGGGUUUGUAAGGCAAGCUGGUGCCCCAUGGCACCCACCCGGAAGAGCUGCAGUUAAGUCCACUUUGUUUCUAUGAAUGAUGCUACUGCUGGAUUCCCAAAGGGAGAGCUGUAGCUCGGAAGCCCACCUGUUGCUUUCAAAAGAUGUCAUGGAUCCGAGCAUUUAACCCAUGUUCUGUUGGUUUCAUGGCCUGGCCAGUGUAUUGGGCGUGGUUUCUUCUCCACCAUUAGGAUAGGCAGGUGUGGUGACCGUAGGUAGUGGGGCAUUUGCCGUAGCACAAGGCGUUUGUCUGGUUUGGCCGUUGUCGUUCACAAGUAGCAAAGAAUGCGCAGCGAGGCAAGAAACAUGCCUGUGGGGCAUGAGGAAAAGAUCAUGACUGUCAGAGGUGCAGCGCACUUGUGAUUCCAGCAAGCGUCCACUGGAGCGCAGGUGCCCAGCACCUCUGGAAAUCAGGCUCAGUGAAACCAGUCCCAGGGAAGAGUUUUUAUAUGGGGGGAGGAGGGGCAUUUGUUUUAUUUUUUUUAAUUGAAGGCCGGGCAGUUGCAAAAUUAUCUGAGCUCCAUUGCCAGAUUGAAGGGGAGAAAAACCCUCUGGAUUUUGAGAACUUUUCCAGACUUUUUUUUUAAAAUGUACAUCAAUAUAAAAUACUGUAUCAAAUUGAUACUGAGCUAUUGGUACAAAUAGCCCGUUAGCAACAGAGCUGGGUGACUGCUGCAGAAAAUAUGCAUGGACAUUUCUUUGAAUUCCCCCUUUCUGUGCUCGCUUUCUGCUGGCAGGAAUGUUCACUACAAGAGCAAACGCUGUGGAGGAUUGGCGGAAAGAGACUUUCAAAUUCGCCAUCAUGAGCCUUCACCCCAGACAGCUGAUUCUAAGAGUGAGGCUCAUUCAGUCACGGGUCAGAAACAAACCGCAUGACCUAUCUGUCUGAUCAAACCAGCUCCACUUUUGAAUAUUGAAGACUCGCAAAGACACUAGAGGGUGAAGAACUUCCGAUAACUAAUCCAUUUGAGAACAUUGCAAGAUGUUCACGAACAGAGAAAGAGGCAAAAUUCAUCCAAGUGCUCUAUGAAUUAGUCACCCAGUUCUGUUCACUAGGCCAAUGAGAUCUCUCCAGCCUGAAUUUGGUGCACUGGAUUGGCACCAAGUGACAAUCACAGGUCAUGCUUUAUAGUCACACCUCCGUGGCUUGAUGGAUGCACUCCUCUCUUGGCUUGUUCUCAGCUCCCUCCCUUUGGGAGGAACAUGCCGCAGCCCAGGGGAGCAGCCUCUGAUCCCCUGAAACUCAUACUGACCUCAGUUCAUCUUCCCAAUUUGUCAUUACUGGGAGUCCCUUUUAAACAAACGCACUUGUUUUGUGUUCAUAUUUCCCUGAGCUGAAAUUCUCAGAACACCUCGCUCUGGGCUGGAGGAGAAACUUCCCCAGACCAAAGUCCAUCGGCUUCGAGACAAAAACCAGGCUACCUCGCUCCUUGAUAAAUACAUGGGGCUCGCUGCAGUUCAUAUCACAAGGAGGCUUACCAGAGCAUUUUUGUAACACGUUUUUCACUUACCAGUGGAACAAAGCCCAAGUAGCUUUUCCCUCAUUUGUUCCCAAUUGCAGAUUUUGGAAGGUUACGUUCAGGGGGAAAAAAUUCUGCUUAUUUAGUCAAUUAAAACCUUGACCUUCACUUUGCUUCACUGCAUUUCACAGCAUGUCCUCCAUCCCCUCGAUUCUUAGUAUUUUUUCAUGCUCUGAGGAGCCAUUCAGUAAUAAUUAACGUCCUUCUCCGGUGACACAUUAUUACUGCCGCAGAGAUAGAGCCGUCUACUCCUGAUGUCAUGUCAACUCCGCCGCGGAAUCCUCGCUUAAGUGCCCACCAUAUAUCUUGGCAGCUGAAUUAAAAUGUGAGCAUUUCCCCUGGUAGCACUACUAAGGAAGUAUGGCUAAAGCCUCCGCUACUUGCCCCUGAAAACUGUGGCCUAAAGAUAAAAUCCCUCCCUUGCAUUUGGCCAUUGUUUACAGAACACUGUUAGGCCACAUUUUAAAGCAAUUAGUGAACAAAUUUAAUUAACCGGCACAUCUGGUCCUGUUUGCCUUUUGGGUGUCAUCUGUUCUGUUGUUUAUCUUGUUGUCAGUAGCGCAAAGUACAGACCUUAUCCCCCAGAGGAAGAGAAUGCUUCUUAGUAGCCAGAAGGCCUGCGACUCCCUAGCCUUUGCUACAGGACAAACUGGAGUAACUUUCCUCACAACUUUUCAGUGCAUUACAAAGAAAGUAGGAAAAAGAUGAGCAGUUGAAAUUUUGCAGUCAUUUUGGUGAUAUUCUAGCCAGACAGAGCUCAACGGUAGGGCUGCCUGUUUCAAACGGAGUCAUCAAAGCAGUAAUUACCAGAAAGCCAUUUGCACUGAGGGUUAUUAUUCCCAGGGUGGCGAAACGCUGUUAAACUGUAUCCCACAGGGAGGCGCUGUCCUGUCAUUGUUCCGUGCUCCUAUUGCCGCUUGCUAAAAGGUCCUGGAGCAGCAGUCGCAUUCUGCCGUGCCCUUGCAGGAAUGGAACGCAGCGCGAGAAGGGCUGUGAGAAGUAACAGGGCCUCGGAUUUUCAAAAAGAGCACAUCCAGUUAUGCUUCUAAAUCCGUACAUAGGCUCCUAAAUAAAGUGACCUGAUUUCUCAACCGUGCUGAGCACCCAGCUCCCAUUGACAUCAGUGGACGCUGCUGGAUACUCAGCACUUUUGAGAAAUCGGGUCACUUUAUUUCGGAGCCUAAAUCUGGAUUUUAGCAACUUGAUUUCAGGCACCCGCUUUUCAUAAUCUCAGUGAGAAUUGUUUGAAUAGUUACAGAUUAAACACCAGCUGGAAGAUGUUCAGAUGAGGAUGCUGACACAGCAGAAAGCAUGGCUGAAAGGAACAGAGGAAAGGCUGGGGAAAGAGACGAGGAGAACGCCUACCGCAUCAUGGCACAUACAGUACAAAUAGCAAGAUUACACUUAAAUGCAGUUGGUAUUGUGUAGGCCCAGGCCUUGAAAAACAUGGGUCCCAAUGCACACUUGCUGCACCCUCAAACCCCGCAGGUCUGAUUGUGCACAUUGGCUGUCACACAGCAUGAUUGCGUGUCUUGUGCAUGCUUCUGUACACAUGCUUUUGCAGGGGCACCCACAGCCACCUCCUUUAAAGAACUGAGCCCGUAGGCCCAAAAUCUUCCCCUCAGCCCAAGUAAACGGGCCAGGCUCCGAGGACUCUUCAAGGAGGAGUCCUCUUCUCAUGGCACCUGAGCAGCUACUCAAGGCUAAUGGCUCCUGGCUCCAAAUCCACAGUGUCCUGCUCUCCUAGGAGACCUCACCGAUCUGGGCUGUGCAGCAUGUCUGGGGUUCCAGCGGCUGGGCUUCCAUUUGCACGGGGUUCUGUGCACCCCGCAGAAGAGGAGGCAGGACUGGCUCCUUAGUACGGGAAACACCUUGACCUUAAUUUUCAAUGACAGUCGCACGUUUUUCAUUAAUAGAAUUGCAGGAGGACACUUCGGUUUUGUGACGUCCCAGAUGUACAGACUAAAGCAGCUUUUGUCAGAUACUCUCAGCACUUUGGGGGUCUCGCCCAGCUCUGUGCAAUUCAAAAUGGGAUCUUCUGUAUAGCCACUAACUAGGGAGCUCCUCUCAUAUGGUCCGGUACAGUCUCACCUGAGGCCUUUCUCGAGUGUGGAAUGGGUUGUGAUUAGACGGGGCAUUGCAGUUGUUUAUAUCUAUUACAUGGGCAUGUCUGAAAUAGGCCUGAGCCACAGAAUCUGGAUCUGAAGCCAGGUCUCCAAGGCUCCUGUAUCUGGGGGUUCCAUUUGCAUCUGGGGGGUUCCAUUUGGUCUGUUAGGGAGAGGGAGUGGAAAUUUAGAGCCGGGUUCCAACUGGGAACUUUCCUAAAGUUUGGGGGCUGUUUGGAUCUAAGUUUUGGCUUGUGGCCCGUUUCUGAUUGCAUGGUAUACGUAAGUGACAUACAUCCGCCGCAGCUGUGUGAGCCUCACCCAGCUAAGGCCUGAAAACGUAGGUCAGCGCUGUUCUCCGUGACAGCUGAUGGGGGACGGGGGGGGUUUCUCCUUAAGCUCAAAUGGUAGAGCAGCUGCUACUUCUGCUUUUAGAUCUCCCGUUCCUCGGUUCAAGUCCCAGAAGGGAUGGAUUCCACUCAGUGGCAACCCGUUCGUGGUUCAGUCCUGCUGGCGGCGCAUUGUCUGAUGCUGGUUCGUGUGUGAACAGCAGUGGGCCAAGUUCAUGCUGCUGAGGGAAAAGCUGGGUGCUAGAUCUCGGGCAUUUGAGGGUCUUGUCCUCUGUGGCUGGGGGCUUGAAAAGUGACACGAGUCUGUGUUGAUAGUGGGGCUUCUCCCUUAACGGAAGUGGUUGAGCUGCUUCCCUGGGCUCUCUGCUUCUCCGGUUCAGCUCCCCGUGGAGCACCGGUGGCCUCCCCCAGUGGUUAGCACAUGGGCUGGGAUUUGAGCGUUCAAACGUGCACAGCAGUGGCUUGAAUCAGACAGGAGUUGAUAGCACCUCAGUACGGGCAGAGGAGGGGAACAUCCGGAGGCAGAAUGGGCCUGUAGGAGGUGAUGUUUAUCAGUACUACACAGCUCUCUCUACCCCAUGCAGCUGGCCGGUUCGGGGUGGAGUCCUGGGCCGGCCCUGUGGGGCACCCUGAGGCGUAAAAGGUGAGAACAGGCCUCCUGCUUCGAGUGCUUGCUCAUGUCGAUUCCAUUCUAGGCGUGUGCGCACCCAGGUGCACAGUUAUCAGAAUUUUUUGCCUUAGCGGUAUCCAUAGGGCCAGCCUCCAGAGUGCCGCGCUCAUGCGCUGGUAUCCAGGGCCACCGGGGGGGGGCAAGUGGGGCAAUUUGCCCCUGGCCCCGCAGGGGCCCCCACAAGAGUUUUCAGGGGCGGGUCCUUCAGUGCCACCGAACACACCUGGAGUGAAGGACCAGCCGCCAAAGACCUGUCUCCACUUCUUCAGCUCCGGGUCUUCGGCGGCAAUUUGGCGGCGGGGGGUCCUUCCACUCCAUGUCUUCGGCGAAGCGCCCAGAAGAACCGGAGCGGAAGGACCCCCGCCGCCGAAGACCCCAGGCCCCCUGAAUCCUCUGGGCGGCCCUGCCUGCCCUACGCUCUCUCCGUUCCUUCUUGCUGCCGUGACAGUUUGUCAGAGCGCCUUCCUCUUGCCUCGCAAGUGGACAGUCAUUUUUCCUAGUACCUACUUGGUCUAUAGUUGCUUACAGUAGCUUCAUACCAGCCAGGACAUAUACUUACCGGUCUUCUUCCCGAAACCUCCUAAAUCAGAUGAGGAGCGAGAUUACACUCUCUGGACAUCAGGAGGGUGCCGGCUUUCUCCAUAGAACGGCUCUUCGUCGCGGUGGCAGACAGGAUGAAAGGCCUUCCUGUGCCCACUCAGAGAAUCUCCUCUUGGAUCACCGCCUGCAUCAGGUUUUGCUAUGAACAGGGGAAAGUGCCACCGUCAGCGAUUGUACCCGCCCAUUCAACCAGGGUGCAAGCCUCAUCGGCAGCCUUCCCGGCCCAGGUGCCGAUUCAAGAUGCCUGCAGGGCUGCGACCUGGUCGUCCGUCCACCCAUUCACGUCCCAUUGCGCACUGACCCUGCAGGCCUGGGAUGAUGCUGGCUUCGGCAGAGCCGUAUUGCAAGCCGCACGACCGUGAACGCCGAGCCUCCAUGAAUGCCGCCUGUGAGUCACCUGGAAUGGAAUCGACAUGAGCAAGCACUCGCAGAAGAAAAAAUGGCCACCUGCCUUUCGUAACUGUUGUUCUCAGAGACGUGUUGCUCACGUCCUUUCCAUUACCCGCUCCCCUGCCCCUCCUUGCCAGUGAGAAGGAACUGAGAGGUCGUGAGGCCAGCAGCGCCUCAUCUACCAGCAUGCGAGCGCGGCACUCCAGGGGGCACCGCGGCCGGCCCUACGGAUCCCGCGUAGGCAAAAAAUUCCUACAACAGUAUGCACCUCGAAUGGAAUGGACACGAGCAACACAUCUCAAAGAACAACAGUCACGAAAGGCAGGUAACUGUGUCUAUGCCCCUCCCCUGAGCUCAAGGCCUGCAGUUCUGUCUGCAGCUCCUGCAGAAAAUCUCCCCACCCCCAUCCUCCUGCCACGCACCUGUGUGCGGGCUAGGCAGUAACAGCCCCCUCGUAAGGGAAUACAGUGCACUCAGGAUCCCGGGUGGGGGGGCGUCUUUACUAUUCACCUUUUCCACAAAUCUGCCCCACCAGUGGCCUGCUUUUCAGGGGCUCUGAUCGCAUGGCAGUUACUGGGACCUGCAGCUGCCCAGCCCUUCUGAAAAGCAAUCGGUUAUGCAGCACAGCGGAGUGCAUGGGUCAGUUUGUACCCACACACUGGGGCUGGGACUUAGUCCCACAGACAUAGUUUCCAUGCUGCUGUUAAAUAGUAUUUGUUUUACAGUAGCCGCCAGAUGCCUCCAUCUGGAUCAGGAGCCCAAUCAGGAUCAGGGCCCCUCUGCACCAGGCACCGUAGGAGACAUAUAAGAAGGCACAGCCCUUGCCCUGAUCAGAGGCCCAUUGCACUUGUCAUGUACAAAGCACAUAGGACCCUGCCCUGAAGAGCUUACAUUAGAGCUGCUCAAAGAGGGUUUCAUCUGAAGCACAAAUCCAUAGUGCACGUCUGAGCAUUGCCUUCCUCUUGAGCCUUACAGGCUAGAUGCAUGCAAGUGGGGUGGGUGCAAAAGUGCGCUCCCAAAGAUUGGGGUCUGAAGGACUUGGUGCUCCUACUCUGUGGGGUUCUGUGGUAUGAACCCAGUUCCGAGCACUCAGCAAUGUUAAACUUCCUGCCAGUGUUGAUGAUGCUGGUGGGUGUGUAUGUGUGUGUUCAUAUCUAGGACCAACUAGAGGGGAAUUCUGGGGUUACCCUGUGCAUGGAGGAUUAGCAAAAUAGCCUCAUUUAAUUUUGGCUACUUCAUUUCAUUCCUGGUCACAGCUGCAUAGAUUACAGUUGGUGGCCUUUGACCUCCAUCAUCUCUAUCCAAAAUCUCAUGUGUUACAUUUGGGCUGCCUGAUCAGACCACUUGAAGCAUCAUCUGCCCACCCUUAAAAAAAAAAAUCUUAUUCAUCUCCCUUCCCAAACCAGGACACUUCCAUUUGCCCUUCUCUUUAUUAUGCCGCAGUUUCACCACCAGUCCUGAGAAAGGAAAGGAAAGUCCCAAAUAUUUCCUGUCCCAGGUGUGGGAAGGCUGUGGCUGUAGAGAAUGGAAAGGCUACAAAUCAGUGGAGUGUCCUUAGCCCACCAGUGGGGAAGGUGUAUGGUAAACAGCGAUUGCUGAAGUACUUGAUUCCCUUCCUUUAUAAAUCCCGCUUCCCAAGAGGAAUGCAGCUUAGGAAUAAUUUCCCAGGCCUCGCUCCAACUUGCAGAAUGCCUAAGCAGCUGCAGCUCUAUUCUUCUCAGCAGUGCAAACAGUGUUGAGACUUGCCUUAAGAAUAGCUUUUCAUUGCCCUUCACCCUUUCUGGUUUCACAGCACAAACAGCUGCAGAGCAAAGGAAGCAGCCUGAGACAAAGCCUAGGAAAAUGCACAUCAGCAAAAUGAAUGUGAGCACAAGAUUCAGUGCAGAGUUUCAAAUGUGUUAGGUGUGUGCACCUGCAUGUCUAAUUUGCAUGCACUGGUCCCGCAGUUGUGUGCGCACACUGAGUAACUGCACGUGCAAAUUCACCUGAUUGGCGACUUGUGCACACAGGUUCCACGAUCGCACAUGCAGCAGCAGUCACUGUGCAUGCAAGUUAUGCCCUCAUUUGCACACUGGGCCAUGUAACCUCCAGAGUCAUCAAUACAUUGGGGAGAAGAACAUCAGAAAUUUCUGGAGCAGAAAAAGACCCUCUGGCCCAAUGUGGCAGCCAUGUUAACAGUUCUCGUUCUGCCCCAAUCUCAAGUUUCCAUUCCUUUUCUCUCUCCGGAAGCAAAGCUUGGCGUCUCUUGAGCUCAUUUCUGCUAUCAUUGCUGUUCCCUACAGUUUGCUCUAUGUGUUCGUCACACCCACGUCUGAUAGUCCUGCCAGGGUUCCACAUAUACUCCUAGUUUCCCACUUUCUAGAUUCUUGAUAAUGAACUGAAGCCCGAUGGCCAAGAAUUCCCAGGACUGCCCUUCCCCCGGACACAAUGAUAGCCAAGCGCUAGGCCUCUGAUCUGAUUGAUAGUUUAAUGGUCAGUGACGUAUUUUUCAUAGUAGUUCGUUCCCUUCUUUCACUUUCCAUUUCUGUUCCGUGCUGACUCUUUCUCUCUCUCUCUCUUCUGAUUUUCAGCUCUCGAUCUCUGGCCGAGGAGGGCUGGAGAGAAUUUCCUCCAGAGCCCGUCAGUGUCAUUCAGUCCAUGGGAGCUUUCUGUAUAGCAACGUGAGGCUUAUGUUCCCUGCCCCUUCUGCCCUACUCAGUUCUCAGGGAUCUAAGUGCGGUCCAAGUGCCUGGCCACCGUGCUCGUUACUGAAAUAUCCAUCUGUCCAUCUGAGACGUUUUGAAUGCCUUAGUAUCCAGGUACCAAUGUUUCUGGUAGCUGGAGACCGAGGGCCAUGUGCUGGCCACCGCUACAGCCCUUUUGCAUUGCUCUGACCUGGCAAAGGGGCCAUAAAACUGCCCUGACUGGGCAGCUUCAGAUUGCCCGGAUAUGGGGGAAUCUUUGGGUGGUAGAGAUCCAACAUAGUCCCCCUAACAGAUCUCCUGCCUCGGUUCCUACACUGAGAGCUUGGCUGGACCCAGUUGAUUGGGACCCAAACAUUGCAAAUGCAAUUAGCUCCUUGCUGGUAGCCAAAAGCCAUGAAAUAUAUUCCUAAGUCAUUUUAUAUUUGCAAUUGGUAGCUUCAGUGACUGUUAGAAAACAUUUGGCCCUUCUGCAUGCAUGUGGGGCUGUGUGAGUAUUACACACCGGACUCUUAUCAGGGCCUGAUCUGUUCCUGCUAGGCAAGCACUAUGCCAGUCGACUGCAAUGGGAGUUUUUCCUAACUAAAAACGUGCCAGACUGGAAUCUCUAGUGGGAGCGCAGGUCUGUGUGGGGGUGGUGAUUAAGAAACAAACAGAAGAAAGACAUUUUCCGUAGCACUGCAGUCAAAUCCAUUAAAUACAAAGGUAGAGAUCCUCAGCUGGUGGAAAUCGGUGUAGUUCCAUAGUUGUGAACAGCUGCACUGAUCUACAUCAGGAAGAUCACAGUAGCACUUAUUCUCUGUACGGUUAGAUACCAGGGUUACUGCAAGAUCCCUCAUAUGGGGAAUGUGCGUGUAAUGGCGUCCACUGUGUGCAGAGUGGGUUUGAUUGGGUGUUGCUCGUUUUAGAUUGUUUUGUAUGUGUUUUUCUGUUUUAUGGCACUUUGAUACACAUAUUCUAUUCGACAUUGGUGAGGCCUCAUCUGGAGUACUGUGUCCAGUUUUGGGCCCCACACUACAAGAAGGAUGUGGGAAAAUUGGAGAGAGUCCAGCAAAGGGCAACAAAAAUGAUUAGGGGUCUGGAACACAUGACUUAUGAGGAGAGGCUGAGGGAGCUGGGAUUGUUUAGUCUGCAGAAGAGAAGAAUGAGGGGGGAUUUGAUAGCUGCUUUCAACUGCCUGAGAGGUGGUUCCAGAGAGGAUGGCUCUAGACUAUUCUCAGUGGUGGAAGAUGACAGGACAAGGAGUAAUGGUCUCAAGUUGCAGUGGGGGAGGUUUAGGUUGGAUAUUAGGAAAAACUUUUUCACUAGGAGGGUGGUGAAACACUGGAAUGCGUUACCUAGGGAAGUGUUAGAAUCUCCUUCCUUAGAAGUUUUUAAGGUCAGGCUUGACAAAGCCCUGGCUGGGAUGAUUUAACUGGGAAUUGGCCCUGCUUUGAGCAGGGGGUUGGACUAGAUGACCUCCUGAGGUCCCUUCCAACCCUGAGAUUCUAUGAUAUGGAGCAGGUAAUCUGUGCAUUUGCCUAUCCAAACUGGGUAACUGUGCCCACAAAUGACUGCUGGUGCAUGCAAUUACCUGUGCAUGUGUAUGAACUUGUGUGUUCCCAGUGGUUGAUUUGUGUGCACGCACCAGAGUAUACAUGACCUAAGCCACGUGGAAAGUUUGCCUCCAAGUCCACUGUCUCCCUGUGGGAAUAAAACAUUUUGGCCCUGAUGCUCAUUAUCACAAAGGCCCCUUUACCCCACUCUGGCAGUGUAAAAAGGGGCCUUUAGUGCAAAUGACAUCAGGCCCUUUGAGAUCAGCAACCCCCUAUGAUCCGAAGUGCUGUCUGCAGCUCCAGGUUGGUAGCAAUGCCAGCAGGGUGUUGGCCACUUCUCCAGGUACAGCAGCUUUGCAGCACAUCUAUUUAAUACCAGGAAGCUUUUGAAAUUGACAUUUUGGCCCAGAUUCAGUGAGUAGGAGAUGCAGACAACUCCUACUCACUGAAUCUUGCCUUUGUGACACGCCUUUUGAUUGGAUAUCUGGUUUUGCUCCUUGGCUGCUUCCGUUAAAACCCGAAGUGUUAACUGCAAAAGCCGUUUUAAAAAUAUUACCUUUACCUCACGACUCGGUAAUAAUCAAAGGCUGAAACACUUACCGCAGAGCUCUGGGGCGGGGGGACAAGGGAUGUGUCCUUUCUAUUUAUCAGUCAUUUCUAUAUUUCAUGUGCAGUUUCCAUGCAGAAGACAAGGCAGCAGGGUGUCGUUGUGACCUUUAUCUUCACGAGCAAGGGGAGUGACAGCUUGUAUCUGUUCGGUAGCUAUGAUUAGUUCAUGGAAAGAGUUAUAGAAAGAGAGGUCAGGAGCAGAAACUGGAAAUAACCCAAACAAAGGUCCAGAUCCUCAGCUGAUGUCAAUCCCUGGAGCUCCAUUGAAGUCAAUGCCAGUAUACGCUGACUGAAGAUCUGAAUGAGUUGUGUUCGGAGUUCUUUAGGGGUCAUCUCUCCUCUCCCCUCCUUCCCAUGCCCAGGGCCUUCAUUAAAGAGUUCCCAUCUCUCCUCUGAGUGGGAGUCAGCUGAUACCUGCAAACUGUAUUGAGGAUACAUAUUCCCAGUUAGAUGUUGCCGCCCUUUGUGUCUUGCACAUCUGAUGGGAGAAGGCCUCAGAAACUUGCAUGAGCUGCCACAGAUCAGUCAGCCCAGGAGCAGCCAGAAAACAGGAAAAAUCGGUUAUAAAAUUGUGGGCCAGAACCUCAGCUGGUGUACAUGAACCUACCUCCAUUAGCUUCAAAGGAGCUGCACUGAUUUACCCCUGCUGAGGAUCUAGUCCUGUAUCACUGGCAGCUGUUUCAACACCUGCGUUGCAGGGAUGAGAGUGGAGAUGCUGUAAGGCUAGUUAUAAAACUUGGCCAGGAGAGGAGGAUAUUCUAAUUCAAAGAGUUAAUGUGGCCAAAUGGGUAAUGCACUGAACUGGGACUUGGGAGACCUGGAGUUCUAGGCCUGGCUUUACUGCUGGGUGGCACUUGGGCCAGUCGUGUCCCUGCUCUGUGCCUCAGUUUUCCCAUCUGUAAAAGGGGGGUGAUGGUACUAACUCCUUUUGUAAAGUGCUUUGAGAUCUACAGAUGAAAAGAGCUAGUUAUAAUAGGAGUUCUCACUGUAGCUUUUAUCACUGCUGUUUUUUCAGAGCUUCACCGACUGCAAUAGAUGAUAUGAAUUUUGAUAUUUACCAUCCUGGUGUAUAUGUCUUUGCUAUCUGUGAAAUUUCCAGUUGCUAGUUGUGACUAGUGGUGGCAUAUUUUAUACCCUGAUUAUCCUCUUUAUUGUCAUAAAUACUGACGCUCUGGUGGUAAGAUUUUCCAUCAGGGUUAGAGUUUUGGAUUUAAAUCUCUUUGAGCCUUUAAUUGAGCAGAAAGGUUUUCAAGUUGGUUGCAAGAGGGUUGGUUUAUUGUUCUUGCUGGGGGGUUUUUUCCUGGGGCUGAAGUCUGCGUUGGUCCCUCCACCAUCUUGGUUUCAUUCUCAGCAAGGAAGUGUUUUAUUGUUGGAAGAAGUUCAGAAAGUAGAUGGAAGAACAUACUGUAAACAUUGAGCGAGUAUAUAAAUCUGGAUCCCAUCCUGCUUCUGUUGAAGCCGAUGGCAGCACUGCCAUUGGCUUUACUGGGAUGAGGAAAAUCAUAUCCAGGUUCCACUCGUUAAAAGUCAAUUCUCAUGAAAAAGGAAACAAAAGGGAGCUUGUUCUGCAGCUAGGGGGGCCCCAUUGAUUUCAAAGGGAGGGUCUUUCAUGGAGUGACUUUGGGUUAGCAAUGACACUGGGUUAUAUUAUUCCUCUUGCAGCCAGCCGUGGUUAUCCAUGUAUCAACAGAAACAGUGUCAUCACUUGGGUUUUAACUGCUUUUCUGCUUAGUUCUUGCUAGAUCGUCGGCUGGACCUAGCUUCCAGGAUUGCUGUAUCUGUACUGGAUGCACAGGGCAAUGUGGGGCAAUGCACAGGGCAACGCACAGGGCAUAUGUACUGCUUUCACGACCCGGAUAUAUUAGAGUCCGAUCCAGUUCCAUUAAAGUUAAUAGAUGUUAGAUCAUGUCCUCAGCCAGCAUGGAAGCUGGGGAAAAAAACCCACUUCUUAGGAGAUGGUUACACUGGAAACUUCAAAGCACUGUCGUGGGAACACUCCCACGGCAGCGCUUUGAAGUGUGAGUGUGGGGUUGCGCGCGAGCGCCGGGAGAGAGCUCUCCCAGCACUCCUGGUACUCCACCUCCAUGAGGGGAUGAGCUCCGAGCGCUCGGAGCCUGUCUACACGAGCACUUUAAAGCGCUCAGACUUGCUGCACUCAGGGGGGUGAUUUUUUACACCCCUGAGCCAGCAAGUUAGAGCGCUAUAAAAUGUAAGCAUAGCCAAGCACUUAGAAACUUUGGUUUCAAUGGGAGCUAGGUGCCUAAAUAUCUUUGAGGAUCUGAGCCAUGAGGCCGCCCCCCAUAAUCUGUCCUCUGUAAUCAUGCCUAUUUAUAACAGCACAGGUGUUAUAACAGCACAGUGGGGGUGGCAUGGUACUUCAGAGUGGGAACAGCUAGGGCCUUUUGAGACGUCCCAUCAGAUUCACGUACUAAAAUCCUAAUACCUGAAUCCCUACUCUGUGGAGACGUUCAUGAGUAGGGCCCCACCAAAUUCACGGCCAUGAAAAACGUGUCACGGACCAUGAAAGCUGGUCUCCCACAUUGAAAUCUGGCGAUUGUAGGGGAGGGCAGAUUUCACAGAGCGGAGUGGCCUGCGGGCGGCGGCGGCGGCGGCGGCUG